GUGAUGGACACAUGCGUUGAUAUGGCCGAACUCGACAAAUAUGACUCGCUUGUGCAGUUGGCAUUUGCACAUAACUCCUACAUCACGCAGUUAGAAUCAAUGGGUUAUCGAGUUGGAUACGUGAUGGCUGAGCGGGUUUCAAAAGAAGCUCCGAAACUGCUUACCGAGUUAGACACGUAUCACAUGAGAAGCACUUAA